UUCUUGACAGAAGUGACACAACAGCGCAGACACAGCUAUACAGACCACAACCUGCCCAGCCCAAGAGGCAACAUUUCUGCACAGAAAGAACUUCAUCAGAAAUCUGAGCGAGGCACAGGAGACCAACUUUUAAUAUUUCUCAAAAGCUUGGACCGAGGAGACUAACGACCUGUCUCCUGCAUUUUCCUUUUCUCUCCCAGUAUGGCGGCGUGGGACCUGGCAAUCUCAGUGGAGGACCUGGGGCCUGAUGCUCCACCUGUCACCCUGAGCGUGGCCUCUGACCUCCACGUCGGAGGGGUCAUCCUAAAGCUGGUGGAAAAGACACAGAUCAAGCGUGACUGGUCUGACCAUGCGCUGUGGUGGGAGCAGAAGCAGCAGUGGCUUCUCCGGACAUCCUGGACUCUGGAGAAAUAUGGCAUCCACGCCGACGCUCGGCUGUUGUUCAUGCCCCAGCACAAGCCUGUGAGGCUGUGCCUGCCCAGCGGCAUCACCCUGAGGCUCCUAGCCUGCUUCUCCAACCCCGUCUUUCAGACCGUGAUGGGCAUCUGCAGAAUGCUCAAUAUCCGUCGCCCCGAGGAGCUCUCGCUCCUUCGGCCCAUCGAGCACAAAAAGAAGAAGAAAGCUAAAGACUUGGAUGAAGAAAUUUACGACCUGACCGAGGUGCCCCUGUCCUCGGCAUCCCGACCUUGUCUGUAUAAUGGCAUGCCGGCUCACUUUGCUGACUCAUCUCAGAUGGAGGCCAUCUACAAGAUGCUGUCAGUCACCCAGCCUCCGCCCGCCCCUGAGGUCAUAGCCAAGCAAUACCGCCCAGCCAGCGUGGUGGACAAGGCCCACAUCCACGGCAGGUGGUUGGACUCAUCCCGUUGUCUUAUGCAGCAAGGCAUCCAAGAAAAUGACCAAAUUUGGCUUCGCUUCAAAUUCUUUGCCUUCUAUGAUAUAGAACCCAAGUACGAUGUUGUGCGUCUGACCCAGCUGUACGAGCAGGCGCGCUGGGCCAUCCUACUGGAGGACAUUGACUGCACCGAGGAGGAGAUGAUGCUGUUUGGAGCUCUUCAGUACCACAUCAGUAAGGUGUCUCAGUCAGAGCCCCAGAUGAUGAGCUCCAGUGCAGCCAUGGAUGAUCUAGAAUCUGCCCUGCAGUCCCUGGAGGUCAAGAUGGAGGGAGAGAGCAGCACAGCAUCCGAAAUGCUGGAAACCAUGACCGCACCAGACCUCAAUGACUAUCUGAAGAUAUUCAGGCCAAAGAGGCUGACUCUGAAGGGUUACAAGCAGUACUGGUUCAAGUUCCAGGAUACCUCCAUCUCUUAUUUCAAGAGCAAAGAGGAGAGCAUCGGAGAGCCCAUUCAAAAGAUUAAUCUCAAAGGAUGUGAAGUAGCUCCAGACGUUAACAUGGCUGCACAGAAGUUUCUUAUCAGACUCCUGAUACCAGCGCCAGAGGGCAUGAAUGAAGUCUAUCUGCGCUGUGAGAACGAGCAGCAGUACGCUCAGUGGAUGGCUGCAUGUCGACUGGGCUCCAAAGGCAAGACUCUGGCUGACAGCAGUUUCCAGAGUGAGAUCCAAAGCAUCCGCUCCUUCUUGGCUAUGCAAAAGAGUAGCAGCAGUUCCCAUGGCAACGUACCUGCCAGCGAUGAAAGCAUCAAUACUCACAGCUUGGUAUCGCCACGCUACCAUAAGAAGUACAAACCCAAACAGCUGACCCCUCGUAUCCUGGACGCAUACCAGAACGUGGCUCAGCUCUCACUGACAGAUGCGGUGAUGCGCUUCCUGCAGAUCUGGCAAGCCCUCCCUGACUUUGGGCUCUCGUACGUCGUCGUCAGGUUUAAGGGCAGUCGGAAAGAUGAGGUACUGGGCAUAGCUCCAAACCGUCUGAUCCGCAUUGACCUGGGCGUGGGUGAUGUGGUGAAGACCUGGCGCUAUAACAACAUGAAGCAGUGGAACGUCAACUGGGACAUACGACAGGUGGCCAUAGAGUUUGAAGGAAACGUCAACAUUGCUUUUAGCUGCGUGACCGCCGACUGCAAAAUUGUUCACGAGUUUAUUGGAGGCUACAUUUUCAUGUCGACACGCAGUCGUGAGAAGAGCGACACGCUCAAUGAGGAGCUUUUCCACAAGCUCACUGGCGGUCAUGAAGCUCUCUAAGACUAAAACAUGCAAAAAGCCAACAUCAGAUCUUCUGUGUUCCAACAGUGGAAGCCCGUGUGGAAUAGGAUUUUAUGAUGCAUUCAGGAAACCACAAAAACAUCAGAACAAUACAACAAAUGGAAAUGGUUAAAAUAAGAUAUUCUGUUUAUGUGUUACAACCCAUCUUGUCAAUCCAUCUGAGCAUUUAUAUAGCCCCCCCGACACACACACACACAUACACACUCACACACACACACACACACACACACACACAGUCACAAGCUACAUCAGUGGAUGGAUGACGUAACAAGUUCAGACAGUUCAAGACUGCUGUGGUCCUCAUGCUGACUUCCCCUUCAGGACUGACUGCUGCUGGGCCAAACUGAAUCUGGUUCAGGAUCAAACAAACUCGUGGAAAUGUAAAAUCCACACAUAUAUCAGACACUUUUUUUUUCUUCACCUCACAGUAUCUAGACUUCCUGUCGCUCAGGAUAGAAAGCCUUGUUUUGUCCAGAGCUGCAGUUUUAUUGUUACUUUGGCUUAGUUUGAAAUUUCUGGCACAUUACAGCAGCCACGUUAUCACAGCCAAGAAUCAACAACAAUGAGUAGAAAAAUACAAAACAAUAUUAAAUGUUUUCCCUAAUAGACGUAUGAAUAAACAAACAUUUAUUAAAAUAAAUACAACAAUA